AUCCGAUCCGUAGUGGUAUGGUAGCCUACCUGCUGAGCAAACCGAACGGUAGUUGGAAAGCCAGCAUGAAGGUCUGGGUGGGACUCCCUGCUGCUGCAGCUGUCGUCGUCGUCUUCCUCAUCUUCGCCGGCGUGGCGGCUCUACCAGCGGCCAUGGCAGCCGUCGUCGAGCACACCUUCGUUGUGAGCCAAGUAAAUCUGACGCGCUUGUGCAAGGAGACGCUGGUCACCGUGGUGAACGGGCAGCUCCCGGGGCCGGCGAUCGAGGUCACGGAGGGAGACUCGGUGGUCGUCCAUGUCGUCAACAGGUCGCCGUACAACAUGACGAUCCACUGGCAUGGAGUGAAGCAGCGGCUCAACUGCUGGGCCGACGGCGUGCCGAUGGUCACCCAGUGCCCCAUCUUGCCAGGCCGCAGCUUCACCUACCGGUUCAACGUCGCCGGACAGGAAGGCACCUUGUGGUGGCACGCCCACGUCCCCUGCCUGCGCGCAACCCUGCACGGGGCUCUCAUCAUCAGGCCCAGACACUCGCCGUAUCCCUUUGCUCCAAAGCCUGACAGGGAGAUCCCCGUCGUCAUAGGUGAAUGGUGGGAUAUGGACCUUGCGCAGUUGGACAGGAACACGAUGGACGGUUUCCUUGUCGACGUCCCAACCGGAAGCACGAUCAACGGCAAGCUUGGAGACCUCUACAGCUGCUCCGGCGCCGCGCAAGACGGGUUCGUGCUGGAGGUGGAGCCCGGCAAGACGUACCUGCUGCGGCUGAUGAACGCCGCCCUCUUCUCCGAGUACUACCUCAAGGUCGCCGGCCACAGGAUGACGGUGGUCGCCUCCGACGCCAACUACGUCAGGCCCUACACCACGGACGUCGUCGCCAUCGCGCCCGGCGAGACCAUGGACGUCCUGCUGCCGGCCGACGCGCCUCCGGGCAGGUCCUACUACAUGGCCGCGCUGGCCAUACAGGCGCCCGAGCCCGACGUGCAGGUCCCGCCGACCAUCACGCGCGGGAUAGUCCAGUACCGCAGCAGCAGCAGCGACGUCGCCGUCGAUGGUGUCGUCGUCCCUGCAGCAGAUCCCGCAGUCGUCAUGCCCGACAUGCCUGACCAGCACGACACGACCAUCAGCUUCCACUUCCACGGCAACCUCUCGAGCCUGCGCCGCCGCCACCGGGUGCCGCCGGCGCGCGCCGACGACCACAUGCUCGUCACGCUCAGCCUGGGCUCCGUGUGCCGCGACGGCGGGCGGGCGUGCGCCAGGAGCGACAGCGACGAGUCCAUCAUCGUGGGCACCAUGAACGACGUCUCGUUCCGGGCGCCCACGGCCGCGGCGAUGCCGCUGCUGGAGGCGCACUACUACGGCCGCGGCGACAUGGCGAUGGCGGCCGCCGCCGGCGUGGAGCUCCGCGCGCUCCCGGACGCGCCGCUGCGCGUGUUCAACUUCACCGACCCGGCCUACAUCCCGUACGGGCCCAAGGAGGCCCCGCUGGAGCCGACGGAGAAGCAGACCACGGUGCGGCGGUUCCGCCACGGCGCCGUCGUGGAGGUGGUGUUCCAGGACACGGCCGUCAUGCAGAGCGACUCCAACCCCAUGCACCUGCACGGCCACGACAUGUUCGUGCUCGCGCACGGGCUCGGCAACUACGACGCCGCGAGGGACGUGGCCACCUACAACCUGCUGGAUCCGCCGCUCAAGAACACCGUCGUCGUCCCCAGGCUCGGCUGGGUCGCCGUUCGAUUUGUCGCCGAUAAUCCAGGAACAUGGUACAUCCAUUGCCACUUCGAUUUCCAUUUGUCCAUGGGCAUGGUAGCCGUUUUCAUCGUAGAGGACGGAUCAUCGGCGGACACCUACCUUCCUCCACCUCCCGCAGAUUUACCAAAAUGUGGAUCUAACAAAGGAGGCCUUUAUUUGCCAGAGGAAUUCUACCUCCAAAAAUGAAGAGAGUCACAAGAGACAGUGCCAAGAGCAAGCGAAGGAACCUAUGAGAGGACAUGUUGGUUAAUAGCACUAGUAGUAUACAAAGUAUAUUUAGAAAUGAUUAGGUUUUUAUGAGGCGUGGUUUUCAUAAUCGCCCCUACCUAUGCUAGUACCCUCCUCCCGAAGGUCCUCUACAGUGAAUCACAUAUCACUCCCUGAAUCAGUAUAUCCAUGUCCCACCGUGUAAUGUGUUGUAUAAGCCAUGUAUGACAUCUUUUCAAAGUUAACAUCAUCCUCA